AUGGCGGACGAGGAGCGCGUGUCGAAGCGGAAGCGCUCCGACUCGCCAGAGGAUGCGUCCCGCACGGCAGCCGAGAAAGGCGAGGCGCUGCGGGCGGCGCUGGCCAAACUGUCGGAGACGCGGGCGGGUGGCGCAUACGUGCCGCCCGCGCGUCUCAAGGCGCUCAUGGCCGAGGUGGCCCGCGCCGACGCAGGCAGCGUCGAAUACCAGCGCAUGAGCUGGGAGGCACUGCGAAAGAGCAUCACGGGUCUCGUGAACAAGGUGGCCGCCGACAAUAUCAAACACAUUGUGCCGGAGCUCUUUGCAGGCGCGAAUUUGAUCCGCGGGCGCGGCCUGUUCUGCCGCUCGAUCAUGCAUGCGCAGGAGCUGUCGCUGCCGUUCACGCCUGUAUUUGCUGCACUCGCGGCGAUCGUCAACACCAAGCUGCCAUUCGUGGGCGAACUGCUGGUCAUUCGUCUCGUGUCGCAAUUCCGGCGUGCGUUCCGGCGCAACGACAAGACCAAGUGCCAUGCCACGCUGCUCUUCCUCGCGCACCUCGUGAACCAGCGUGUGGCGCAUGAGCUUCUUGCGCUUGAGAUCCUCGUCCUGCUCCUGGAGAAUCCGACGGACGACAGUGUCGAGCUCGCCGUGGCGUUUAUGCGCGAGGUCGGUGCGUUCCUCACGGACGAGGCACCGAAGGCGUGCCACAGCGUAUUUGACCGGUUCCGCUCCGUGCUGUACGAGGGCCAAAUUAGCGUGCGCGUGCAGUACAUGGUCGAGGUGCUCGCACAGACGCGCAAGGACAAGUUCCAGGACCACCCGCCGAUCCCCGAGGCGCUGGACCUCGUGGAAGAGGAGGACCAGAUCACGCACCAGGUGAGCUUGGACGACCAUCUGCCGCUGGAGGAGGGCCUGAAUGUGUUUAAGCCUGACCCUGACUUUGAGGAGAACGAAGAAAAGUACCGGCAGAUCCAGGCGGAGAUCCUGGGCGAGGGCAGCGACGAAGAGGAGGAGGACGAAGAGGAGGAAGAGGCGGGCAGCGAAGCGGACGAUGCGCCGACGGCGCUCGAGAUCCAGGACCGCACCGAGACGAAUUUGGUGAAUUUGCGUCGGACGAUCUACCUGGUCAUUAUGUCGUCGCUGGACUUUGAGGAGUGUGUGCACAAGCUGCUCAAGCUCAAGGUGCCGGAAGAUCAGGAGAUGGAGCUCUGCAACAUGGUGGUCGAGUGCUGCUCGCAGGAGCGCACGUACUCCAAGUUCUAUGGACACAUUGGCGAGCGACUGUGCAAGCUGCAUCGGCGGUGGAGUGCGCUCUAUGAGCAGAGCUUCCGCAGGUACUACGACACGAUCCACCGAUACGAGACAAACAGGCUGCGCAACAUUGCGCGCUUCUUUGGUGCGCUGCUUGCGACCGACAGCAUUAGCUGGGCGAGUUUUGAUGUUGUGUACAUGAACGAAGACGACACGACGUCUUCCUCGCGUAUUUUUAUCAAGAUCCUCAUGAAUGAAAUGCAGUCGCUACUGGGCCUUCCUGCACUGGCUGCGCGUUUCCGCGAGCCGUCGAUGCAGGGGUACUUUGAGCACAUGUUCCCCCUGGACCACCCGCGCAACACGCGGUUCUCCAUCAACUUUUUCACGAGUAUUGGCUUGGGUCUCGUCACCGAGCCGAUGCGUGAGUACUUGCAGCAUGCGACGCAGGUCAUGCGCGAGCGCCGUGAGGCUGAGGAGCGCCGACGAUUCGCGGAGUCCUCGGGGUCGCUCGUAUUCGCGAUCGUACUCUCGGAGCCCUCGGGGCAGGUCGUACUCGAGGUCCUAUUCCCGAAGUCCUCGAGGCAGGUCGUACUCGAGAUCGUACUCUCGGAGCCCUCGAGGCAGGUCGUACUCGCGGUCAUACUCUAG